UGUGUCGUCUGUUUGUAAAUACGCAGUCGCCAUGGCUGGUUCUCUGCGGAAGUCCGUAAUAUGUUUUACAUUUUCUCACCUGACAGGUUUGCUUCCUCUUCGCCAUAGAAUAUGCAUGCUUCCUCUGCCUCAUGGAUUAGGUAUGCUUCCUCUGCGUCAUGUUACCAAUCCAUCUCGUUGUGCAUCUACGAAAUCGGGGAUAGCGUCACACAUCUAUCGGCAAUCUGGCAACGAGGACGUUGGGCGGAUCACGUCGCCUGCAGCAGCUGCGCAGCAUGUCGAUAAGGACAAUUUGUCGAUGAUGUUUGGGGACCCGUGUGUGUUGUUCAAACACAAAACAACAUGGGAGUUGUUUCGUGCCCUGGUUGUUCUGAAAAUGUGCUCCUGGAACCGUCUUGUGGAUAACUCGGUGACGCUGAUGAGCCUGGGACAGCGCCUCCUGGGGACGAGGUUGUUCUCCGCACUCAUGAGACCAGUCUUCUACGGCCAGUUUGUGGCGGGAACGAGCAGAUCGGAAAUCCUGGAAUGUGUAUCCAGGCAACAGAAAGCUGGAAUUGGACCCCUUUUGUCUGUGCCUAUUGAAGAGGACGUGAACGACUGCAAGAUCGAUCAACAAUGUUAUGACGACAAUCUGCAAGUCAUUCUCAACUGCAUCAACAUGGCGGCGGAAGUGAAAGCGAAAAUCCCCAUGAUGCAUAUACGCAUGACAAGCGUCCUUCCGGCAAAUCUCUGCGUAAGUCUCAGCAAAGUGUUUCCAGAACCGUCCACAAACCCAGAACUUGUGAAGGCAGUUGCCGUUGCUAUGGAAACGGGUGAAACGCUGGCCACUCUGCAUCUGUCUGAGGCAGAACUGAGUCAGUUCUCGAAAAGUCUCGCGAGACUUAAAGCCAUUGGACAGCUGGCCGUGAAGAAGGAUGUGAUUGUGAUGGUGGACGCUGAGUAUACGUAUGUCAACCACGCCCUCAACCUCGCCACCCUCGCCAUGAUGCUCAACUACAACGUCAACACAACCCUCAUCUUCUACACCUACCAGAACUACCUCAAGUCUACAUCACAACGUCUACGGCGGGACCUCGACCUCGUCGACAAAUACGGGGUGUGUUUUGGCGCCAAGAUCGUGCGGGGAGCGUACAUGGAGAAGGAGCGGAUGUUGGCAAGAACUCAGGGCUACCCUGACCCAAUCAACGACACCUUUGACGACACCAGCAACAUGUACCACGACUCAAUGGAGCUGUUGUUGUCGAGGAUCAGCAAAGAUUCCAAGAAGACUCGCAUCAUCAUCGCUACACAUAACAUACAGACUGUAAAACUGGCCAAGGAAAGGUUGAAGCACUACAAUAUUGAUCUCGGAACUAAAAGUGUCUUCUUCGGACAGAUUUUCGGCAUGGGGGAUCACAUCUCAUGUCGCCUCGGUUAUGACGGGUACCCAGUCUACAAGUCCAUCCCGUACGGCACCGUGACCGACACCCUCCCCUACCUGUCCCGCCGGGCCCAGGAAAACAGGGCUAUCCUACAGGGGUUCAGGCAGGAGAAGGACCUCCUCAAGGCGGCGUUUAAAGGGAGGUUGUGGGGCAAUAGCCGGGUGUAGGGCAGAAACUGUCACAACGAACCCAACAAAUGCGGCAAUUGUGAUAAUAACUUUCUUAUUACCUUGACCUAUGCCUUGAGAGCUUGACCUAUGCCUUGAUAGCUUGACCUCUGCCCUCAUACCUUGGCCUAUGCCUUGAUACCUUGACCUAUGUCCUCAUACCUUGGCCUAUUUCCUGAUACCUUGACCUAUGCCCUGAUACCUUGACCUACACCCUGAUACCUUGACCUAUGCCUUGAUACCUUGACCUAUGCCUUGAUACCUUGACCAAUUGCUUGAUACCUUGACCUAUGCCUUGAUACCUUGACCGAUGCCUUGAUACCUUGACAUAUGCCUUGAUACCUUGGCCUAUGCCCUCAUGCCUUGACCUAUGCCUUGAUACCUUGACCUAUGCCUUGAUACCUUGACCUAUGCCUUGAUACCUUGACCUAUGCCUUGAUACCUUGACCUUUGCCUUGAUACCUUGACCGAUGCCUUGAUACCUUGACCUAUGCCUUGAUACCUUGACCUAUGCCUUGAUACCUUGACCUAUGCCCUCAUACCUCACCCUAUGCCUUGAUACCUUGACCUAUGCCUUGAUACCUUGACCUAUCCCUUGAUACCUUGGCCUAUGCCCUCAUACCUUGACCUAUGCCUUGAUACCUUGACCUAUGCCUUGAUACCUUGACCUAUGCCUUGAUACCUUGACCUUUGCCUUGAUACCUUGACCUAUGCCUUGAUACCUUGACCUAUGCCUUGAUACCUUGACCUAUGCCCUCAUACCUUACCCAAUGCCUUGAUACCUUGACCUAUGUCCUCAUACCUUGACCUAUGCCUUGAUACCUUGACCUAUGCCCUCAUACCAUGGCCUAUGCCCUGAUACCUUGACCUACACCUGAUACCUUGACCUAUGCCUUGAUACCUUGACCUAUGCCUUGAUACCUUGACCUAUUGCUUGAUACCUUGACAUAUGCCUUGAUACCUUGACCUAUGCCUUGAUACCUUGACCUAUCCCUUGAUACCUUGACCUAUGCCCUCAUACCUUGACCUAUGCCUUGAUACCUUGACCUAUGCCUUGAUACCCUGACCUAAGCCCUCAUACCUUGACCUAUGCCUUGAUACCUUGACCUAUGCCCUCAUACCUUGACCUAUGUCCUCAUACCUUACCCUAUGCCUUGAUACCUUGACCUAUGCCCUCAUACCUUGACCUAUGCCCUCAUACCUUGACCUAAGCCCUCAUACCUUGACCUUUGCCUUGAUACCUUGACCUAUGCCCUCAUACCUUGACCUAUGCCCUCAUACCUUACCCUAUGCCUUGAUACCUUGACCUAUGCCCUCAUACCUUGACCUAUGCCCUCAUACCUUGACCUAUGCCCUCAUACCUUGACCUAUGCCCUCAUACCUUGACCUAUGUCCUCAUACCUUACCCUAUGCCUUGAUACCUUGACCUAUGCCCUCAUACCUUGACCUAUGCCCUCAUACCUUGACCUAAGCCCUCAUACCUUGACCUUUGCCUUGAUACCUUGACCUAUGCCCUCAUACCUUGACCUAUGCCCUCAUACCUUACCCUAUGCCUUGAUACCUUGACCUAUGCCCUCAUACCUUGACCUAUGCCCUCAUACCUUGACCUAUGCCCUCAUACCUUGACCUAUGCCCUCAUACCUUACCCUAUGCCUUGAUACCUUGACCUAUGCCCUCAUACCUUGACCUAUGCCCUCAUACCUUGACCUAUGCCCUCAUACCUUGACCUAUGCCCUCAUACCUUACCCUAUGCCCUCAUACCUUGACCUAUGUCUUGAUACCUUGACCUACGCCCUCAUACCUUGACCUAUGUCUUGAUACCUUGACCUACGCCCUCAUACCUUGACCUAUGUCUUGAUACCUUGACCUACGCCCUCAUACCUUGACCUAUGUCUUGAUACCUUGACCUACGCCCUCAUACCUUGACCUAUGUCUUGAUACCUUGACCUACGCCCUCAUACCUUGACCUACGCCCUCAUACCUUGACCUACGCCCUCAUACCUUGACCUACGCCUUCAUAUCUUGACCUAUGCCCUCAUACCUUGACCUAUGCCUUGAUAGCUUGACCUCGGCCCUCAUACCUUGGCUCCUGCCAAGAUACCUCAGCUUCACCCAUCAUGCCGUUUCAGACUAAACAACGAUUCAGCAUGUGUAUAUGUUCACCUGAAAGGUCAUAGCUUGGUCAUUAAUAUUCAAAAAUAUAAUUAGGUAUCUUACUUACCACAUAAUGGAUUUCCGAUUUAUGAAAUGAACGCUCUGUAGUUCAAAAUCGGAACCGACGCGCACCUGUCAUUGACUGAGUGAAUGUGUGCCUCAUUGCCAUGUUCGUAUAGGGUGGGGUGGUGGUUGGUGAAAGAUUAUCAAUGUGUCAUGGCCAUUACUUCCUUAUGUUGAUCAGUUGUUGGCGACAAGUUAUGUAUGGUUAAAACAGGGCAUUGUUCCGUGUUCCAAUCAGAACUAACUCAAUAUGUAUGUAUGCAUGUAUAUAAAAUAAAUAUUACU